AUGUCUGGCGACAAAAGAUCACGUAGAGGGCUCAAAAUCUGCUGUGGUGUGACUGUGAUCUCCUUGGCCAUAAUUGUGAUUGUUUGUGUCACUUUGUUCCUCACUGUCCUGAAGCCUAAACAACCACAAGUCACUGCACACCCUGCAAGUCUCGAAAACAUUCAGGUCCAAGUCGUGCCUACUCCAAGCCUAAAUGUGACGUUAGGGUUAGUGGUCACCAUUGACAAUCCAAACUAUGGGAGCUUCAAAUACAAGAACACAACAGCCUAUAUCAGCUACUAUGGCACAACUGUAGCUGAAGUUCCUAUCGAACACGAAACCAUCCCUGCGCGGAGCAAACUCAAUAUCACCACUUACGCAAACAUCACAGCAGAUAAGAUGGUGUCAAGUCCCCAUUUCUGGGAUGAUGUUGCUGCUGGCCGCUUUAACUUGACGUCAAUGGCUACCAUGCAUGGUAAGGUGAGCAUGUUUAAGAUCUUUAGGACGCGUGCGACGAUCCUUAGCACGUGUGACAUUUCUAUUAUUGUUCUGACUCAAGAUGUUGAGUCCAAAUGCAAGUCCAAAAUCAAGUUAUGA